AUGCCUCGGCAGGUUCAAGACCCCAAUGGGAAGAAGUCUCUAAACGUAAACAAUGAAUCGAAUAGGAUUUUAUGGAAGUGUACUCAAGCAAAUUGUCAAGGCUUUGUCUCUCGCACAGACCACAAAUGUAGCCUGUGUAAGAAACUCUCGAGUUUUCCCAACACGGCACUGGCAUCGAUAAGUAAAGGGAAUACUAUUAAUAUAACUGCCAAUGAUACGCUAUCUGUAAAAAGACCAAGAACUUCUAGCGACAGUCACCUUGUUCCGCUUAAUAUUUUCAGCAUUGGAAGGUCGGGGAUUUACGAUGGCUGUUCAGAGGACUGUUGCAUUACCUCCUCUUCAAUCUUGUGCAGAGUUAAAGUUGAAGGUGUUUGGACUAGCCUCAGUAUUCAUGCCAACGACAUCGAAAUGCUUGUGUUCUGUGAAACACUUCAAGUGCUAUUUCUGAAGCCAUACGACUCAUACAAGUCACAGCUCUCAAACUACCUGAAGCUCAGAGAUUCUGUUUUAUCUAACGUCAAAUGGCUGGUUUUCGUGUUUCGAGAACCUUCCACAAGCGAACCUCUUUAUUUAACUGUGAGUAAUCUCGAAGGUUUGGCCAACAAAAUUGGGAGAAGUGGAGUCUGUGAUAUGCAGUGUAGUUCAGAAAACGCUAGGGAAAUUCUUUCUAGCUGUGGUCUUCGUCUCCCCCGUUCUGAGCUGAGAAGGACUGGUACAGCAUCUACUGAACCUUCAAUCAUAAAUCGAAUAGUUCAAGGCCAAGCUCUUGCUGAUACGCAUUAUUCUGUGGAACCUAGUUCAUCCCAGACAGUCAAACAUGUAAAUGAAGGUGGUUUAUUAACUAAUGUGAUAAAUACUCUUACGAAUAACGGCUUCCAGUUGAAAACGAAUUCUGGCUCUGCAACGCACGAAAGCAACGUAAAUUGUAGAGGAAAAUCGGAAACAAAUGAAUGUGACGACUUAAUCAUAAUACAUGACGAAAAUACUUCUGUGGCCGCUCAACCUCCUGGUGAUAAUGUGCAAGCAGAGUCGACUACGAAUUGUGACGAAGACUCCUUUAAAUUUGAUUAUAAGCCUGCUGGAUCUGUUGAUGGUAUAACAUUGACGAAAAGUGAUCUUCAGUGUCUUGAACCUGGAGCUCUUAUAAACGAUGCAAUAAUCAAUUUUUAUUUGAAAUACUUGUACUUCGAGCAACUGACGGACUUUCAGAGACAAGCUACUCAUGUAUUCAAUGUGUUUUUCUAUAGUCGGUUAACAGGCGGCAAUGUAUCAGUUGAUACACGCAACUCCACAGUCACAGAAACGACAACAGAAAUGAUACUUGCUCGGCACGCCAAUGUAGCCAAGUGGACACGUCGAGUUGAUCUUUUCAGUAAAGAUUAUAUCAUUAUUCCAAUAAAUGAAAGUUCCCAUUGGUUUGUUGCUCUCGUUUGCUAUCCUUGGAUGGCGGGAAUGGUCAGUUAUACAGCUCUUUAUGAUGAACAAGUUUAUCACCUCUGUCAAUUAACAGAAGAAUUUACUGAUGUAGAUCUUAUUGAAUUCUCAGGUGAUCCACACUCGUUAAAUAUCGGUGAAGAAGUUAUUCAAAGGCUACCUACAGAUGUUCAAGGUCAAGCAUUUGAUCGGUGGAGACGAAAACGUCUAGCCUGGCUUCGCAAAUGUGGUAUCAAUGCUAUGCCAUGCAUUCUACUCUUCGAUUCGUAUCCUGUUCAAACUAGAAUUACUAAUUUGUCUACUAUUCGGGAUUAUUUGCAGGCGGAGUGGAUCACUCGGAGGUCAUCACAAGACGGUCUUCUACACUUCGACAGAGACACAAUCCGAGGAUUCAGUCCUCGAGUGCCCCUACAGAGUAAUCCCGUCGACUGUGGAAUAUUUUUGCUUCACUACAUUGAGAUGUUUUUCAAGAAACCUGUACAAAGUUAUACCAAGCACUAUUUUCAAUACGAAAUGGCUACUUGGUUUCCCAUAUCCACCGUCAGUGAAAAGCGAACUCUAAUCCACGAUCUGAUGGUCAAGCUACGCAAAAGUGUCGUGAGUGAGACAGCAAUUAGCCAAUGA